AUACAGAUACAUUAUAUAUUGAUUCAGAAUAGACAGGGUAAGACUAGACUGGCAAAGUGGUACACACCUUACGAUGAUGUCGAGAAGAGAAAGCUGUCCACAGAGAUACACAAGAUAGUCAAUUCUAGAGAGACAAAGUUUACAAACUUUGUUGAAUUCAGAACACAUAGGAUCAUAUAUAGGAGAUACGCUGGUCUAUUCUUUUGUAUGUGUGUCGACCCGACGGAUAAUGAACUGUUCUGUCUGGAGGCUAUUCACUUGUUUGUAGAGGUGUUGGAUGCAUACUUUGGCAAUGUAUGUGAGUUGGAUCUAGUGUUCAACUUCUACAAGGUCUACGCCAUACUAGAUGAGGUCUUCCUCUCUGGUGAGCUAAUGGAGCCAAGCAAGUCUAUCAUAUUGCACCGAAUGGACUUCUUGGACAACCUACCAUAA